AUGCGAGUUGAUGGCCGUGAGAAGUCCCCAUUGGAGCUGAGUCGGCGCUGCAGGUUACAUGUACCAAUUUGCCAGAAGUGCUUCGUGUUACAUGAAGCUCUGGACGCUACUGCACUUCUCCCAGGCGCUCCGCCAGAGCCCACGUUCGAGAAAACCUCUAGGUUCAGCGCCACCCCGCCGCCAGGCCACGACAUGAAGCGUGCAGCCGAGGGCAAUGCUGAGGCAUGUGGUGACUCUGCAUGCGCAGGCUUUGCUUCCUAA